CUGCUAUAAACCCUUCAACUUUUCUUUUUUCCAUUGCCCUAUUAUUCCGUUUCGUUAGAAAAAAAAAAAAAAAAAAAAAGAGAAAUAAUUCAGCUUUUUUGCUUUUUUGUUCGUUGAAGAAGACGACGAAAUUCCGUAACGUUCGCACUUAAUGGUGCAGAGCGUGAAUGUGGAUCAGGAUCGGGAAUCGGAGCCAUUCGUUGAACUCGACCCGACAGGUCGAUACGGGCGGUACGACGAGCUAUUAGGUUAUGGAGCAGUGAAGAAAGUGUACAGAGCAUUUGAUCAAGAAGAAGGCAUUGAAGUAGCAUGGAACCAAGUGAAAUUGCGUAAUUUCAUCGAUGAUCAACAGGUGAUUGAUCGGUUAUAUUCGGAGGUGAGGUUAUUGAAGACGUUAAAGCAUAAGAACAUAAUCGCAUUGUACUCAGUUUGGAGGGAUGAGAAAAGGAAUACUUUGAAUUUCAUAACGGAGGUGUGUACAUCGGGGAAUUUGAGAGAGUAUAGGAAUAAGCAUAAGCAUGUAUCGAUGAAGGCUUUGAAGAAAUGGUCUAAGCAGAUUCUUAAGGGAUUGGAUUAUUUGCAUACACAUGAACCUUGUGUUAUUCAUAGGGAUCUCAAUUGCAGUAAUGUCUUCAUUAAUGGCAAUAUUGGGCAGGUUAAGAUUGGUGAUUUGGGUUUUGCAACGAUAGUAGGGAAGAGUCAUUCAGCACAUUCAGUUCUUGGAACCCCGGAGUUCAUGGCACCGGAGUUGUAUGAUGAGGAUUACACAGAGCUGAUCGAUAUCUACUCAUUUGGGAUGUGUGUUUUGGAGAUGGUGACGUUGGAACUGCCUUACAGUGAGUGUGAUAACGUGGUGAAGAUUUACAAGAAGGUAAUAUCCGGAGUGAGGCCUAAGGCGAUGUACAAGGUCAAAGAUCCCGAGGUCAAGCACUUCAUUGAGAAGUGUCUUGCUCAGCCUAGAGUUAGACCCUCUGCUUCUGAUCUCCUUCAAGACCCUUUCUUUCGCGACAUUAACGACGAUGAUGACGAAAAUGACGAUGAAGAGUGGACUAGUAACAACUAUUGGCCUGCCUAGCUCAGCCAUUGCUAUUAGUUGCUAGUAAGUAUGUUAGUUAGUUGUAUUAGUUUUUUGGUGUGGAGUUUUGGUGAUGAUUUGUGUGCUAAUAGUGUUUUUUUGCCUUUUCUUCCAAAAAAGAAGAAAAGAAAAUGGUUUUGCUUUUUUAUGAAACUAUUGCAAAAGAGAAACAAUAGAAAGAGUGGAUUUUGGUGAUGUAAUUUGUACAUACAUUUGGUGUUGUAUUCUUUCUUAAUGCCAAUUCACUCUUUUCAUCUCUUUA